AUGGCAUCAACCGAAGUCGGCAAUCUCUUCUCAGUCAAGGGACGAGUAGCCCUCGUUACUGGAGGAACGAGUGGAAUUGGACUUAUGAUUGCAAAGGGACUGGUAGCAAACGGAGCGAAAGUCUACGUUUGCGGUCUAGAAUCCGAUCCAAUCAAAGAAGUUGAAGCAACAUUAAAUGAUCAUGGAAAAGCUUCUGGUGGUACAGCAGUGGGAUUUCCAUGUGAUUUGACAUCGAAACAUGGCGUCGAAGCUAUCUCUCUCUUCCUCCGUACUCAAGAGUCUCAUCUGGAUAUCCUCAUAUCCAACGCUGGCAUCCGUCGCGAUCCCCCACAAUCAUGUGACGUGCUCACAGCUCCCCUGGCCGAACUGCAAGCUUCUCUCUGGUCAUCUUCAUAUUCGGAUUGGAACCUAUCUUUUCAAGUCAAUACAAUGGCUCAUUACUUCCUGUCCGUUGCACUUGUUGAUCUGCUCGCAGCGGUAGGAGAUGCAAUAAUGCCGGAUGGUACAAAAGGGAAGGAUCAUGGAAGAGGAGUCGUCGUUGUGACGAGUUCGAUUGCUAGUCUGCAUAAUGCCACAAAUGUUGAUAUGAUGAGCUAUGCUACAACAAAGGCUGCUACUGAUCAUCUUGUUGCAUUGUUAGCAAGCAAGUUUGCUAGGUGGUAUGUGAGAGUGUGUGGUAUCAAUCCUGGAUUCGUCCCAAGCAAUAUGAAUCCAAUGGGAACAGGUGCCGGUGCAGAUAUUUUUGGUGAUCUCGUUCAAAAGGUCCCUGCUAAACGAGCUGGAUCGAUGGAUGAUCUGGCUGGAGUGGUGUUGUUCCUUGUAAGUAAAGCAGGCGCGUAUGUCGACGGUAGAAGUAUUGCAAUUGAUGGAGGACGGACUUUAUUUGCAAAUGGACAGAUUUGA